AUGAACUCUCAGGACUGCGAGGCGGACGCGGCCCCUGGGCCCCCAGCCUGCGACUACGUGGCCACCUGGUGGAACAUGGUCCUGCGGAACCUGCGAUCUCUUCCACACUCCUGUUCAACACUCAGAGGAAAAAUUGCUGCUCUGUACAACAGCUUUACUAGUAAACCAUUAAAAGAACACAUUUUCCCUCCUCUGAUGGACAUGCUGAUUUAUUUUAAUUUUUACAAAGCUCCAUUUCUUGUGGAUUUAAACAAACCAGAGUCAAAGAUUCCUCACACUGUGAACUUCUACAUAAGGGUUGAACCCCGAGUGAUGCUGGGAAUCUGGCACACAGUCCCCAGCUGCCGGGGAGAAGAUGCCAAGGGGAAGAACUGUUGCUGGUAUGAAGCAUCCCUUCACGAUGGGAACCCGAUUAUUGUUUAUCUUCAUGGCAGUGCAGAACAUAGGGCAGCCCCUCACAGGCUUGAGCUGGUAAAGGUGCUGAGUGAUGGUGGCUUUCAUGUUCUCUCUGUUGACUACAGAGGGUUUGGGGACUCAACGGGGAAGCCCACGGAGGAGGGACUGACUGCGGAUGCUAUUUGUGUCUAUGAGUGGACCAAGGCAAGAUGUGGUGCCACUCCUGUGUGUCUCUGGGGCCACUCUCUGGGCACAGGAGUUGCAACAAAUGCUGCAAAAGUGUUAGAAGAGAAAGGAUGCCCAGUUGAUGCCAUUGUCUUGGAAGCUCCUUUUACCAACAUAUGGGAUGCAAGUAUCAACUAUCCCUUGUUAAAGAUUUACCAGAAGCUGCCAGGAUGUGUACAGGUGCUUAUGGAUGCCCUGAGAAAAGACAGGAUAGUCUUCCCCAGUGAUGAAAAUGUUAAAUUCCUGUCUUCUCCCCUGCUCAUCUUACAUGGAGAGGAUGACAGGACUGUGCCUUUGGAGUGUGGAAAAAAGCUCUAUGAAAUUGCACAUGAUGCCUACAGGCACAAAGAGAGGGUCAAGAUGGUUAUCUUUCCUCCUGGUUUCCAUCACAAUUUCCUUCAUAAAAGUCCCAUACUAUUAAAAACCGUGAGAGAUUUCCUGAGUGAGCAGUGGGCUUAGGUCAUGAGAGCAGCAGCAAUCUUCACUGAGGACUUGGUCCAAAUACCACCUUUAAUGUAUAUU